UACGUCACUAUAUAUAUACAACACAACAACUUUAUCAGAAUAUUGUGAAAGAACCACCAAGAGAAUUAAAGAGAGAAAAUGGGUAGUGAGAGUAUUGAAAAAAUUCCAUGUCUAGAUUUUUCUAUAUAUGAUUCAAGAUUUGAUCAAGGGAGUGAAGAGUGGAAAAAUAUGAGCAAAAAAGUAAGAGAAGCAUGUGAGAAUUAUGGUUGCUUUAUCUUAAUGUAUGAUAAAAAUAAUUUCCCAUGUGAAAACAUGUUAAUGGGAAUGAAAGAUUUGUUUGAUUUACCUGAAGAAAUUAAGAGGAAGCAUAAAAGUGAUGUUCCUUUUAGUAGCUACAAUGGUGGUGACUCUCCUACCAUUCCUUUAUGUCAAACCUUUGGAAUUCAUGAUGCUCCCAUUCAAGAUAAUUCUUUGGCUUUUACUAAUCUCAUGUGGCCUCAAGGAAAUCCAACUUUCUGUGAGACACUAAAGGCUAUGAACACCAAGAUGGUUGAAUUGCAUUCCCUCAUUCUAAAGAUGAUUCUAGAUGGUUAUGGUCUUCCAAAACAAUAUAAUUCAACUAUUGAAGAAUUGAAGUACCAUAGUAGUUUUAGAUUCAUGAAGUACAAAGUUCCUGAAAUCAACAAAGAUUGUGAAAUUGCAUUGGUACCUCACACUGACAAAAAUACUUUAACCAUUUUAUGCCAAAAUGAAGUACAAGGUCUUGAGAUUCUUACUAAAGCAAAUAAAUGGAUUCAAUUGGAUAUACCUCAAGGAGGCUUUAUUGUCAUUGUUGGUGACGCACUCAAGGCAUGGAGCAAUGGGAGACUUCAUGCACCUACACACAGAGUGACUAUGUGUGGAGACAAAGAAAGAUACUCAUUUGGAUUAUUUACAAUUCCAAAGGAAAAGGUGAAAAUUGAGGUGCCACAUGAAUUGGUUGAUGAUAAAAUGCAUCCUCUACGUUAUCGUUCAUUCAAAUAUGGGGAUUAUUUAGACUACUUUGUUUCAACUCUCAAAGAAAAUGCACUAGAAGCAUUCAUAGGUGUUUGAUUGAUGUAUAUAUGAUGAUAUAUUAUACUAUAUAAUAAUCAUAUGUACUAAUAUAUGCAUUAGAAUUAUUAGUAUAUGCAUUAUAAUUAUUGGGUUUUUUUUUCCAGAUAAAUCACACAUGAUAAUAAUUAAGAGAAAUGUGGAGAAUUUUUUUAUUUUUAUUUCUUUUGAAUGAAUUGUGGAGAAUUUUUAAUUAUGUUAUAGUCUUAUAAUUAGGAGUCUCCCUUUCUAAAAUUGAGUUUGAUGAAGAAUUGUGAACAAUGAUAUGUCUGUAUGUGGGCCUAGGCCCAUUUCUUUUCUUGGGUCUGGACAAUGUGGGUAGAAGGAAUUUUUCUCUUC